ACUAGAGAGAGCAGCUUAUAAGGGCUUCGCUGGGCUCCGGAGAUGUUUGUAAGGAGGCUCGUGUGAGCGCAUGGAUCUCCUGGUCUUUCCAACCUGAAAAACGUUCGUUGACCCGACGGACAGCAGUCUCGAGGAAUUCGCUACCCACAUGACCAUGGAUUUCUCAGAGGACUGGGAGCAUCUGGGGCUGGACCAGGAGGAUCUGUUCUGGGACACAGCACUGGACAACUACCAGAACCUCUUCCUGCUGAGCCCUCUGAGACCCAGCACAACAUUCCGUCCCAGUGGUGAAGAAAAGUUGGAGGCCCUGGUGAGAGGAAGCACAGAGGCUAUGGAUCCUGGCAUGCCGGAGCCCACAAACUCACCUCAGAAUUUCUUGGAAGAAGGACUCACCAAGGAAAUGAUGGAGGUGUUCUGCAAGGAAGACCUUUGGAACUUCAACUUUGAAGACUGUCUGGAUGAGAAGUGGUUGGACAGUUUGCUGGGAGAUCCAGAAAGUAUUCUCAAGUCUGAUGAUGUCACUAGUAAGAAAAAUACCACAGAAGGCACGAGUCACACACUGAAGAGCCACCUGAGUCCUUGCCUGCUUUGCACAGCAGAAGACUCUGUGGUGCAUACUCCUGAAAGGAGCCUCACGCCAACUGAGUCACAGGAGUAUAGGAAUGACUUUACCUACAACCCUGAACAGAGCCAGCAGGGUGCUGUCCAAGAGGAGGAGCAGCUGUAUAAGUGCAGCGAGUGUGACGAAAGCUUCAGCCAGGGUUCCCACUUUGUCCAGCACUGGGUCACCCACAUAAGUGAAGAGUCAUCUGCGCAGGAAGAGGACCAGAAAGGUUUCAGCCCAACUUCUCACCUGACUGUGUCUCCUGUGACCCACACAGGCUACCAGCAGUGGGUCACCCACAUAAGCGAAGAGCCAUCUGCACAGGAAGAAGAUCAGAACAGUUUCAGCUCGACUUCUCCCCUGACUGUGUCUCCUGUGACCCACACAGGCUACCAGCACUGGAUUAUCCACAUAAGUGAAGAGCCAUCUACACAGGAGGAAGACCAGAAAGGUUUUAGCCCAACUUCUCACCGGGCUGUGUCUCCUGUGACCCACAUGGGCUACCAAUCCUAUGUAUGUAAGGAAUGUGGGAAAACUUUUAGUCAGAAUACGCAUUUCUGGCAGCAUCAGAAAACUCACACUAGAGCAAAACCAUGUAAGAGUCAAAGUGGCAACUGUCCAUCCAGUCAUCAUGGACAACCUGUUAAAUGUCAGGAAACCCUUAGAAGUCCUAAAUUCUACAAAUGUAACAAAUGUGACAUGACUUUUACCCUGGCCCUUCAUCUUAGGGGACACAAGAAAACCCAUACUCGGAAGCACUAUGAAUGUGUCACAUGCCAGGCAGUCUUCACCUUGAAGAAACAUUUCAUCCAACAUCAGAGAACUCAUGCUGCAAAAACUACCUUUGAGUGUCAGGAGUGUGAGAAGACCUUCAGGCAGAGGUUGUCACUCAUCAAACACCUAACUGUUCACACUGGGGAGAAGCCUUACAAGUGUGACGAAUGUGGGAAAACCUUCAGCUACACCUCUACCCUGAAGAUCCACCAGAAGGGUCACAGCAGAGAGAGACCUUACAGAUGUAGUGAGUGUGGGAAGGCCUUCUCCAGGAAAACUCACCUUCAUGAACACCAGCAGGUUCACACAGGCAGCAGACCGCAUAAGUGUCAGGAGUGUGUCCGGAGUUUUAGCCGACCUUCACACUUGAUUCGACACCAGGCCACUCAUGCCACUAAUAGGCUCUUUGGCUGUGCCAAAUGCAAGCAGACCUUCAGUAAUAACCAGUACCUGGUGCAGCACCAGAAAAUCCACACCAUCAGAGCCCCCUAUGAGUGUCCAGAGUGUGGCGAACGCUUUGUUUGUAGCUCAACCCUGAACUGCCACUUGAGUGUCCAUGCCAGAGACAAGCAAAGAUUUGAUGAGAGCAGGAAAGUUUUGGACCAGAACACAAGACACAGAGAACAUCCGAAGGCUGACAAAUCCUUUAAAUGCAACACAUGUGGAAAAGCAUUCAACUGCAACAGAUACCUCACUCAGCACAAGAAGAUUCACACCAGGGUGAAGAUCUUUGAGUGCAACCAGUAUGGAAAAACCUUGGACCAGAGAAUGCAAGCUGGGGUGAGGCCCCAAGAAUGUGAGGAGGGUGGGAGAGCUGUCCCCAGCACCUCCCUCCCCAAAUGUCAGCCUCCUCAAGACAGCCAUCCCUUUAAAUGUAACACAUGUGGGAAGACCUUCAGUCAAAGUGCUCACCUUUCAGAACAUCAAUUAAUUCACAGUAGAGAGAAGCCCUUCAAGUGUUAUGAGUGUGACAAAGUCUUUGCACAAAGUAAUCACCUCAUUCAGCACCAGAGAACUCAUACCAUAAAGAGUCGCUUUGUGUGUAGUGUGUGUGGGAAAAUGUUCCGUCAGAGUUCGUGCCUUUCUAAGCAUGAGAGAACUCACACAGGAGAGAAGCGUUUUGAAUGCACUGACUGCGGGAAAGCCUUUGGCAUGAAUGCUGAACUCAUCCGCCACCGAAGAGUUCACACAGGGGAGAAGCCUUACGUUUGUGAGGAAUGUGGCAAAGCCUUCAGCCAGAGCUCAUGCCUUUCUGUUCACCGGAGAGUUCACACUGGGGAAAGGCCCUACCCGUGUAACCAAUGUGGGAAAGCCUUCUCCCAGAGAACCAAUCUAACUCAGCAUGAAAGGAUUCACACUGGGGAAAAGCCCUAUGUCUGUGGGGUGUGUGGCAAAGCCUUUGGCAUCAGUGCCCAUCUCAGUCAGCACCAGAGAAGUCACUCCCAGGAGAAACCUUUCCAGUGUCAACUGUGUCAGAAAGCUUUUAAGUGCUCUUUUACCCUCACCAGGCACCAACAGCGUCAUGCUCGAAAGUAGCAAGCAGUGACACUGUUCACAGCCAUUAGGUGGUAACAGUUCCAGAUACCCAAACUUUCCUGUGAGGUCAGAUUUGAAGGCAGCACAUUGCAAGCUUCCUGUCUUCCAGAUGAAUAAGUCUAUUAAUAAAGAUUGAUUAGAGCACUUGCACAUGAGUUUCAUUAGAACAUAAAAAUUGAAAAGCUGUGUAACGUUGGGAUUUAAAAGUAGAGCGUGGAGCUAGCCUGCCUGAGUUAUAUGCCACCUGUCAUCUACUACUCUAAAUGACCUUGGGAAAGUCCUAAAAUGUCUCAGGGCCUCAGUGUCUUAAAAUCUGUCAGAUGAGUAUCGUAGCCACCUACCUCAGCACUGUGGUGAGGGUUGAAUAAAUGUUAGACUCAGUGCCUAGCACAUAAGCUCUUGCCUACUGUGAGCUGUGAAU